AUGGAAUCGCUGCUGCAGAGCCUGGCCCAGCCCACCUUCACGGUGGAUUCCACGACAAAGUUGACAUGUUCGGAUGACUUUAACCUGCUUUUGGACGCGAUCCAAGACGCGGACGAGCCAAACGUUCGCCUCAAGAUGGCUCGCUUGGCCUUACUGUGGCUUCCACUGCCCGAGCUCUCGAUGGCACAAGUGGUCGGAUGCAUCCACAUCCUCGCCAUGGACAUUUGGUCACAAAUCCGCAAAGACGUCGCUGUGGCCGUCGGGCGCGUCGUACCAGCAUUUCCGUGGGCGACUGUUGAAGCCAUUUUGCACGACCUACUCCAAGUGUGCAAGACGCCAGACGAGGACUGGAAGGCGUUGGAAGGCGCGUUUGGCGUCGUCGCCAGCAUGCUGAAUCAAUUCCAAAAGACGUCGCCGUCCGGCUUCCGCCUAGGAUCUCGCACGAUGCAGUACUUGCCAUCGGCGCUGCUCUGCGAUUUGAAACCGGCGGUGUACCUGGCCAUGCAGCACACUCAAUUGAGUGUCCGAGAACAAGCCACAACUGCAAUGAUUCGUUACGUCGCCUUGAGUGACGCAUUCACCCAAAUCUCGACAUUUCAGGAAGUUAUGAGCAAGCUGAACUUGUACUCGCCACAUGAAGUCUUGCCGGCCGCUCAUGCUGAAGGGCUCCUGGAUGUGGCGGCGCAGUUGGUGCCCCACAUUCCGCUGGCCUUCCUGACCAAACAUUGGCAAGUCGUCUUUCCAACGUGCGAGAAGUACGUGAUGCACGUCGCGUCGACCGUGCGCCAGAAGUCCGCUGGGCUGAUUGGGGCGCUGGCGGAGCUCAGUGUUGACCACGUCGAAGCGAUUCCGCUUCUGUCGUCCAUUUUGGAAUCACUUGCGCUGCCGUGCUCGCAGCACCCGGAAGUGAACCAGCGCGACUUCUUCUGGCAGCGCAUGGAAGGGCGUCUCAUGGGCAUCGAGAGCGUCAUGCACGUGCUCGGGACGAAUACGUUGCUACAUGUGUCGCCAGCCCUGCUGGCCCCCGUGACAAAACCCACGCCUCGGGGCUUCCACUCGUAUCGCGAAACUGUCGAUGACCUCAUGCAUUUCGACCACGUGUACGCGACGUCGUUCGGGUCGCUUGCAACGUGGACGGGUGGUGCCGCCUCGACGCCCCCCAACCAUGCCAUUUUGACGCACCUGCGCCCCGAUCUCGUACACACGACAUGGCACGCGUACAUUCAACACGCUUACGUGUGCUUUCAAUCCCCGCAGUACGAGCUCAAGCGCAUGGCUGUGCAAACACUGCCUGGUCUUGUCCGGCUAAGUAUGUGGUUGUCGGAUCCGACCCGUUUCGUGCCAGAAUGGCUCGCUGCUGCACGCCACGUGCAGCCGACAUUUCUGUGCUUGGUCAUCAAAUCCCUCGCGCUGCACUCGCGAUUCGUGGAGGAGACGGCGUCGAGCGCUGCUGGCGAUCCAUCCACGAUCGACCCUUCGUUGGUGAAACCGAUAUGUACCCAAGCGCACGUCGUGCUCCAGGCGCUCCUACCACCGUUGCUGGCGGUGAAUUUAACGGAACCCGUGGACAAGGCGCUGGGUAUGGCCGUCGUGGAGGCGGGAGCAUUGCUCGUUCUUCAGACAACGACAACAUCGACCCUCGACAAGCACCAUGCGCAGCUCGUACACGCCAUUUUGAACGUGCUAUGGGGGUAUCACUCGAACGAGGCGUCCGUCGAUCGUGCCAUGAGCUCGAUUACCGUGCGAUAUUUGCCAGGUCUAGCCCGAUUCGACUUGACGCCGGACCAAGCUACGAUCUUGAUUCGGGUGUCCCUUGCGUGGCUCGCUGCCACAGACAGCUUGCGGUGGAUUGUCGUCGACGGCAGCGAAGCGCGUUGCCACUUGGCGGACGCCCUCGUCCUGCUGGCGCUGCGUUCCAGGCCUGGCCUGUCGUGCGUGUGGAAGGUGGCCGACGUGACCGCAGCGAUCAUGCCGCUCCUGCGCCACCCCCAAGUACCGCUUCGCCUCUUUUCCAAGCUUCUCGUGCUGGUGUCGGCGGUGGCCGCCUUGAGCCCGGCAGACGAACUGCGCCCGCUCCUGCAUGCUCUCCUCGCGCCCGAGAUAACUCUCGAUUCCGCUCAGCAGUCGGUAUCAGGACCUUCGACGGUUUGUGCAUCCAUGACUCGCACGAUGCACCUAGACGUCCCCCGACAAACAAGUUAGGUCUUUAACGAAUGGGACGAAGACGACACGCUGACUCGCACGUCGGUGGCAUCGGGCGCCGGUGCUCCCCUUGAUGCCAAAGCCAAGUGCUUUCAUGACUUUUGGAGCGAAUUCGACGCCCCGCGUGGGUCGUCCAAGCAACGGCGUUUCUCUGACUUGAUCUUUGCCACAUGCACGCACGACGAGCGCCGCCGCCUCGAAGCGCUGCAACAGCGCUAAUGGGCACGGCGCUCUUGACGCGCGUGAUGCAUAGGCAAGAAUGGCUGCACACUUGCAUUGCAAAGACUGCAUUCGCUUCCGCAUCGUGAGAGAAAAUAUACACAUGUGUCUAUAUUGCGGUCGCCCGACCAAUCGCCAAACCACAACUGCGACAACAUCAUCGCUUCCAG